AUCGCACCAAAUACGUACAGCAGCAGUCGACGCAUUCUGAACAGCUGUUUUCUAGAACCUUUCUCUCUCCAUUCCUCUUAUGUUGCAGCUGUGAACAAGUCGAAAACCUAAACUUCGUCAAGCAUAUGGACUUUUUUCUCUUGAAACAUACUUUAUGCAGUGAUUUCUAAUACUCUUCGUCGCACAACCACUUCGAUUCGCACAAUUAUCCUCAGGAAAUUGUGUUUUUUCUCCAGUUUAUUAUGGCAUCCACCGAGUCUGGCGCACGAUUUCAGGUGCUUAGCUACCCGCAGGUUGUGCGGUUGGACGAGGUGCUGACCACCCCGGUUGACGUGCAUGGCAGGGGCAACUUCCCAACCUUGGAUGUUACUCUCUUGGAUUUAGUGGAAAAUGUUCGUGAAAAACUUGUUGACAGCAACAUUGAUGUCCGAUGUAUUCGAUUGAAUGGGGGUGCAGCUAGCUAUAUCUUGAGUACGGAUGAGAAUCAAUCGUACAACGACUUGGAUUUGAUUUUUGGAGUAGACCUGUCAAAGUUGGAAAACACAGGAAUUAUCCGUGAUGCUGUGUUCGAAUGCCUGCUCAACUUUCUCCCCAAGGAAGUUAAUAAGGAACGUAUGUCAUCGUGCACCAUGCAGGAAGCUUACACGGAGAAAAUGGUGAAAAUCUACAAUGAUAAUGACCGCUGGAGCUUGAUAAGUCUCCUGAACAUGGCUGGCAAGAAUAUCGAGUUGAAGUUUGUUGAUCGAAUGAGAAGACAGUUUGAGUUCAGUGUGGAUUCCUUCCAGAUUGUUCUGGAUUCUCUUCUCUUCUUCCGGAAGAUAUCUGAAGUGCCCAUGACCAGGCAUUUCUAUCCUUCUGUUGUGGGAGAGAGUGUCUUUGGAAACUUUGAGGAAGCCUUGUACCACCUUCACAAUAAGUUGAUUGCGACGAGAAAUCCGGAAGAGAUCCGGGGCGGUGGGUUGCUCAAGUACUGCAACCUCUUGUCGCGGGACUACAGCCCUGCCUGCGAGGAUGAGAUAAAAAAGAUGGAGAGGUACAUGUGUUCUCGAUUCUUCAUCGACUUCUCAGAUGUUCUUCAGCAGCAUCAGAAACUUGAAAGCUAUCUGAGCACGCACUUUGCGGAAGAUGUGGAUAAGUACGAAUAUUUGAUCAUCCUUCGGAGAGUCAUAGAUUCCAGCACAGUGUGCCUGAUGAGCCAUGAGCGUCGGCAGACUCUAAAGCUGAUCACGGACUUUGCCCAGAGUGUUCAGUGGUCACUCGCGUUCCAGUCGACCUCGAUGAAACCGGUCAAUCUCUACUCGCAGCUUCCAGUCACAUUCGCGGUGCCGCCACCACCAACAUCUCCUACCACCGCCACCACCAAUCACAGCAACAGCUGGCAUUCUGUUGCCGUCCCUUCCCAUCAUCAACAGUACCACCAACCACACCAUCAGCAGCAACACUACAACAGCAACAGAGGUCAAGGAAGACAUCGCAACAACAUUCCCUUCAAGUCCCGACAGGGAAAGAACAAUGCCUACAACUCCAGCUACAAUGGGAAGCCAAGAUUCAUUCCUCACAUGAAUAGCUACAGACAUGACCUUAAUAAUAAUAAUAAUUAUAAAAAUGGGUUGAGGAAUAACAACGUUGAUUGUAGGUGGACUAGUUGUUACUAAUGAGUGUCCACUAGACGGACUGAAAACAGAUACUGUUGUGUUUUCCUCAUCACUUUUUAAGACUGUGUUGUCUCAAAUAUUUGGAACAGAAAGCUUUAAAAAGGUACUAUGGAUAUUUUUAUGUAAAAUAUCCAAUGCUGUUUAUUCUUGGUUAUGACUCAGACUUGCCAAUUUAUGUUCAGACACGUUAGACAAUUUUUUGUAAAAGGACAAUAUGAAAUGUGUAUUCUUGUGCAAACUUCGGUUCCAUUCAAAUGUUAUUUUCCCCUCCCUGCCAACUGAUAUGUUUGUGGCAUAUCUUGGUCAGGAGAAGUAUUACAUUUACAUCUGGAUAUCUUUGCUACAACAUUGAAAUGUGUGUGUCUCGGAGAAGAAUGUCGUAAUAUGGAAUGUGAUGUCUGAUAGUUGCAUAGUAUGUUCAUGUUUAUGUACACUUGUUCGAACCCCAGGUACAGACAGACAGUGCCAUGAUUCCUCGAAAUACAUGUAAUGGGGGUCCAAAUUUGCAUUUUGACAUUGGCUAAGUUUCAGGUUGAUUUUGCAUGAAUAAUGUGCAGUAAAUCUUGAAAUAGCGGUAUUUCAAACUUUGCUGAAAGUUUUUCAUCAGUCAAGGUG